GUUCAACGCAUCUUGGACGACUAGACUGUGACAGAGGGUUAGUAACAAGUAGAUUGUUAUAUAUAUCUUACUAGACUCCUUAAGAAAUCGAGAUUUGAAUUGUAUCAUCAUACUCAACCUUGAGUCUUUGCCAGCUCCUAACUCGCGCUUUGCUUCACAUCGUCUCAUAUUGAAGUUUACGAAAGCAUUUGUCUUCCUAAUCUAUACGGCCUUGAAGCCCUUUUAUCACCCGGAUCAUCUGCACUUGAUACUUACCUACAUAUACAUACGAUGGCUCCCAAGAACUAUGCCGCAUACCUUGUAAAGGCAGGCGCAAUCCCCCUCGAAGUCAAACCUGCGCCGUACACGGCUCCCGGCCCGGACGAAAUUGUCGUUAAGAAUGCUGCCAUCGCUGUGAAUCCGGUAGACUACACCAAGCAGCAUGGCGGCGACCAAAUGUUCACUUGGAUCAAAUAUCCGCACAUUCUUGGCAGCGACGUUGCUGGCGAGGUCGUCGAGGUCGGCAAAGGGGGAGAGGCAGCGAAGCUAUUCAAGCCUGGUGAUCGUGUACUGGGUUUCGCUGCUAGCCUGGACAAGCGCUCAGCCGGUGCUCCAGAAGGUGCAUUCCAACACUACACCGUACUACGGAGUUACUUGGCGACUAAGAUCCCCGACGAUCUGCCGUACGAAAAAGCCUGUGUGCUUCCCAUGAGCAUAUCCACUGCCGCUUGUGGCCUCUUCAUGAGAGAAUACAAUGCAUUGCAAUAUCCGACGUCGCCGCUCAAGUCCCAAGACAAGAAACCGGCGUUCAUCGUGUGGGGUGGCUCGAGUAGCGUCGGCUGUAGCGCUAUUCAGCUCGCUAAGGCCGCUGGGUAUGAGGUCAUUGCGACGGCGUCGCCGAAGAAUUUCGGUCUCCUGGAGGAGCUGGGCGCAUCUCAAGUCUACGAUUACAGGGACCCUAAUACGGUCGCUACGAUCAUCGCGGCUCUAAAGAAUAAAACUUGCGCGGGCGCUAUGGCCAUAGGCAACGGGUCUCUUGAGGCAUGCAUUAACAUCUUAGCCGCGGUGCCGGGCAAUGGCCGUAAGUUCGUCGCGCAAACCACCGUCCCUAUCAACCCCGCAAAAAUGCCGAAGAACGUCGUGAAAGUGAUGGGUGUCAUGCUGGGUUUUCUAUGGUGGAACGUUAAGAUUUCUCUUAUGUCGAAGUUUAAAGGGGUGGAGACGAAGUUUAUUUGGGCUCCGGAUGUGAUAGCUGAUGAUGUUGGAAAGAUGAUCUACCAAGAUUUUCUGCCCAAGGCUCUUGCUAGCGGAGAGUACCAUGUUAAACCUGAACCGCAGGUUGUUGGGAGAGGGUUGGAAUCUAUCCAAGAAGCGAUGGAUACAAAUUUGAGAGGGGUUUCCGCCACCAAGGUUAUCGUUACGCUCUGAUUCAAGGCGGGAUCCCUAAGCAUCGUUAAGUUAGAAGUUGUUUCCUUUGUUUCGAUUAUACCAUUAUCGCUUGCUUUAAUAUACCAUACGCAUAU